UGUACCCAUCGCAUACCCCGAAUGAAGUGGCGACAGUACUGGCCCGAGUACUUUGUCGCCUUACUUCUACUUGUUCUACAGGGCACAAGAUGGAGCACGACAAAUGCCGCUGCAGUUCGAAGCGCUGGUUGGACACCUGAGCGGAAACUCGCCGUCAGGAACAAAGUGCGCGACUUGUGGUAUCAUGGGUUUAACAACUACAUGACGUUCGCGUUUCCUAUGGAUGAACUCACCCCACUGUCUUGCUCUGGUCAAGGCCCUGACUGGGAUCAUCCAGAGAACUACGCCUCAAAUGAUGUUCGGGGAAACUACUCCUUGACCUUAAUUGACGUCCUCGACUCACUUGUUGUCCUUGGAGAUCGACCGGGAUUCGAGAAGGCAGUAAAGGAUGUUAUUGAAUCGGUCUCAUUCGAUGUAAACACUCGCCCACAAGUGUUUGAAACGACAAUACGAGUUCUAGGAGGACUGCUAUCUGGCCAUAUUUUUGCCAGUCAAACAAACCAGACGUUCUUUUUACCGUGGUACAAAGGCGAGCUGCUCCAACUUGCCCACGAUCUUGGCGAACGAUUACUUCCCGCAUUUUCAACACCUACUGGACUGCCUUAUGCGAGGAUAAACCUGCGACAUGGCGUGCUGAAAGGCGAGGGUAUCGAAACAUGUAGUGCUGGCGCAGGUUCCUUAAUGCUGGAAUUUGCGACUCUCAGCCGACUAACGGGUGACGAUCGCUUUGAGAAGGCCGCGUACAAGGCGUUCUUUGCUGUUUGGAACCGCAGGUCGGAUGCGGGUCUCGUCGGCAAUACCAUCAAUAUCCGCACUGGAACUUGGACAAAACCUGAGGUCAGCGGUAUUGGUGCAGGGAUCGAUUCAUUCCAUGAAUACGCCCUCAAAUGGUAUAUCUUAAGGUUCGAGCUCUUUGUUUGGUUUUUUUUAACUGAAUUCCCUGCAGCGGCGAUGUUGAGUUUUUGGACGUAUGGGAUGACUCAUACGCAGCCAUUAUGCGCUGGUCCCGCGCACCAGACGGAUUUUGGGUCAGGCUUGUUCCAUAUCAUCGCUGAGUUAGCUGAAGCGGUGCCCCAGUAUCGACCAGUUAACAUGGUCAGUGGAGAUACCGCAUAUUGGACUGUAGAUUCGCUCUCUGCAUUUUGGCCGGGUCUUCAAGUUUUAGCUGGAGACGUGCAAAAUGCGAUCAAACUUCAUCUGUUGUAUUAUAAUCUAUGGCGAAAGCAUUCGGGUCUCCCCGAAGUAUACGACACCAACUACAAAGUUGCGACCGCGCAUCAGUACCCCUUGCGUCCAGAAUUCAUAGAAUCUAGCUGGUAUCUCUACAGGGCUACCAAAGAUUCCUUCUAUUUGGAUGUUGGGGAGCGAGUCCUAUUCGAUAUAACCACACGAGCCAAGGUUCCGUGUGGACUUACAGGAAUCAAAGAUCUUCGAACAAAUGCGCGUGACGACAGAAUGGAGUCAUUUGCUCUGUCAGAAACGUUAAAAUAUCUUUAUUUGCUAUUUGAUGAAGAAAAUCCGUUACACCGCGACGACUCGAACUACGUCUUCACCACAGAAGGCCAUCUGCUAACUUUGGGUAACGACCUGCAAAAGCCAUCCAGUGCUCGUCGCAAGAUGCGCAAAGUGGAGACGCACCAAUGUCCUGCUUACCGGCCACAUCAUCGCAAUGGGUCUAGCUUGUCAAUGGGCAUACGAUCUCGCGGCGAUGUCGAUUACGCUCGCGCUCUUCUUGACCAGAGUCCGAGUGACCUCGAUGAGAGCGCCUGGUCUCCGAAUGGCUGGUGCGAGCGUCCUAACACUGAUUUAUUCGCCUACGACUUCAUUCUAUCUGCUGGCGGAAAACUUGUGGCCGAAGAUAUCAGUCCCUCGCGAUUAAAACUAGAUAAGGUGGACGAUGGGUUCAUUCUCCACAAUGUCACUGGCAUACGCAUAAAUAUCGUUCAACGGCUGGAUGGCAAGGGCUACGAUGUGCGAAAAUUGGGCCACUACGAUGUGCGUUCAGGAAAUACAGUUUACAUUGCGGACCACAACCUGUUUGCUUCUCCCGACACUUUCGAAGGUAAUGAUGACUUGCGACCACUGGACAUCCCACUACGCUUCUUCACCACGGGCUCUGAUCCCUUGUCGGAAGCUCAGACUGGCUUGCCGGACCUUCUUAACAUGAUGGAGUUCGCCACAACGGGUUACACGGCGUUGUUUGGACCAGAACUGGGGGUCUCUUCGGAACCUAAUGCUCUGCGGAUAGAGAAAGUCGACGGUGUUCCAGUCUAUAGGGAACCAACAAACGCCAACGGGUGUGAAGAAUAUCACGAACGAUUUCAGGACGUUGUGCUCGUGGCUCAACGGGGAGAAUGCACGUUUUUGCAAAAACUGAUUCGAGCAAGGGACGCUGGGGCUGCGGGCGUGUUGGUCAUCAGCAACGAAAAUAUCGCACUAAAUCCAACAGCAGAUGCGGCAGAGUUGGAGGCGGCUGGGGACAUCAAGGAUGUGGCCUUGGUAGUGUUGACUCCACAAGUGGGUCAGCUGGUACAUGAGAUGCUGGACAGCACAGAAGAGCGAGGCGGCCAAGUGAUGGUGCAGCUCGACCCGGAAGGAGUGCUCGUACCGCCAGUAGAGAUUUCACGGGAGCAGGAGAAGCCAAAACCAGUUGAAAACAAGAUUCUAUAUCUGAACGGGCAUCCACUGCUGAACACACGGAUAAUAAUAUAG